AUGGAGAUCACGGACGGCGCUGUCGCCGCCAGGCGGCCGCUCAAGGACACACCCCGCCACCAACUCACACGAGGCCUCAUGCGCACACUGAACGUUAUCAACGUGAACUACUACCGGAAACACAACCCCAAACCCACAGGUGUGCUGGCCAAGAAGAAGAAGAAGGUGCCUGCCAACUACGUCUUCUCCGAGACUGGCGAGGAGACGUUCAACAAUGGCCGCUACUUAGUGCGCGGGCGGAAACUUGGCGCGGGCUCAUUCGGUCAGGUUGUAGAGGCUCAAGACCUCGUGAACAAGCAGGUUGUAGCGAUCAAGGUUGUACAGAAGAAACAGCAGUACACAGAACAGGCCCAGACCGAGAUCAGCAUCCUGCAGCUGCUCCAUUUGCCACAGCAACACGACGCCACCAAUCACAUCGUGAGGCUGACGGAUGCGUUCAUGCACCAAGGACAUCAGUGUUUGGUGUUUGAGCGGCUGGGCCCGAACCUUUUUGAUGUUCUAAGAGGGACCAAUUUCCACGGUAUCAGUUUGAAGCUACUGAGGAAGUUCACGAGACAGAUUCUCAAGGCACUCGAGUACAUGCGGCACCCCAAUGUUAACGUGAUUCACUGCGACUUGAAGCCGGAGAAUAUCCUGCUGGUUUCACACGGCCAUAGCUCCUUGAAGCUCAUCGACUUUGGCAGCUCGUGUCUUUCGCGCAACCAGAUUCACCGCUAUACGCAGAGCCGCUUCUAUCGCGCUCCGGAGGUGUUACUGGGUAUGCGAUACACUGCUGCUAUUGAUAUGUGGAGUCUUGGCUGCAUUUUAGUGGAGAUGCACACGGGUAAACCUCUAUUCUGCGGUUACGACUCGGCGGAUCAACUGCAUCGAAUAAUCAACGUGUUGGGCAUGCCGCCACGGGAUCUGAUCGCACGUGCUAAUCCCAGUUAUCGACGAGAAUACUUUGAUGAGAUUGUGAUGAGCGAAGGCAACAACAAGUGGAUCGACUAUCGUCUGAAGGUGCACAAGGUAGUCCCACCCAAGGGAGUAGAUGUGAUUCCUGAGACUACAAAGACACUAGCAGAAAUCCUCGCCAGUGCCAACAAAUACGGCACUCUGAACCACAGCCCAGAGCAGUAUCCUGCGUUCCACGACCUCGUCAUGCGCAUGCUGGACUUCAACCCGGACACGCGGAUUACACCGACCGAAGCAAUGCAACACCCGUUCUUGAUGGGUAUGCGCCAAAUGCAGCCAAACGAAACGAUGGAGGAGCCCAUAGCACAGGGAAAGUUCAAGUACAUGCGAGCUUCCACCAUGCGCGAUGUACACGGACGCAACGCCGAGACACAAAUGCCUCCGCUCAACCGGGCGAAGCAACGCCGAUUUCUCGACAAGUCACCGCACGAGCGAUGA